AUGAGAAGCUCACGUGUUUACUACUUCCAGGAUAUCGGCUACGGUCACAUCGAGAACUGCAAGGGCAAGGCUGCAGCGUUUGAGAAGGCCAAGAAAGAAGGAACCACUGAUGCUCUUAAGCGUGCGCUGAGAAACUUUGGUAACGUCUUGGGAAAUUGUGUCUAUGACAAAGAUUAUGUCUCGAAAGUUACCAAAGUGAAGCCCGCACCGGUAUGUGUUCAUCCCAUAGGUACACUGCAUACCUUUGCCUAA